CUGCGACGCUUGGUUCCGGGCGCUUCCGGGAGGAAGAUGGCGGCGGCGGCGCGGAGCCUGUCGCGGAGGGGCGUGGGGCUGGGCCGGCCUCCUCGCCGCGGAGAGCCGCCUUCCUCCUCCGCCUCCUCGCCGUUGGAUAUCGUGAGGCCCUCGGUGGCGGAGCUCUCCCGGGCCGUGCGGAGCCACAUCCCCUGCUCGGUGCCCGGCUGCGGAAAGGUGCUGCCCAACCCGCCGGCCCUCAGCAUGCACCUCAGCAAGGCCCACCGCCUCCUGCCUCCUCAGGAUGGAAAAAUAAAUCCUGCAGUAAGAAAAGACUUGAAAACACCACAGAAGUACUACUGCUGUCCAAUUGAAGGCUGUCCGAGAGGACCACAAAGGCCCUUCUCACAGUUUUCGCUUGUACGACAGCACUUCAUGAAAAUGCAUGCUGAAAAAAAGCAUAAAUGUGACAAGUGUAGCAAUUCCUAUGGCACUGUAUGGGAUCUAAAGCGGCAUGUUGAGGACUGUGGCAAGACCUUCCAGUGCACCUGUGGGUGCCCUUAUGCCAGCAGGACAGCACUCUUGUCUCACAUUUAUAGGACGCAGCAUGAGAUCCCUGCUGAACACCGGGAUCCACCUAGUAAGAAAAGGAAAUUAGAAACCUCAAUAUCCAGUCAGCUGCUGCGAGAAAAAGUGAAAGAAGCAUCUGCCAAUAUCCAGAUAGAGUACACUCGUUCUAACGACUUCGAGACAUCGGAGAUCAAACCAGCAGCUUCCUUUGAGGACUCCAGCCAUUCCUGUACAACUAAACAAACACAAACACAGCCAAAAAAUGCACCAAAGUUGCUUCUGCCAAAACCAAAAGUUGCUUUGGUUAAACUCCCUGUAAUGCAGCUUACUCAUUUGCCUGUCUUUGUAUCAGCACCAGACUCUUCUGUCAAACCUGUUGUCGUUACUGUUGAUAACAAAGGCUCUGUGAUGAACACUGUUCACUUAAUGCCUCUGCCUGUCGUAUUUAUGGUGCCUGCGUUGGAGACUGAAACACAUGCACUUAAAAGCUCCCUUCCCUUUUCAAAAACCAAAAACACAGGCAGCAUGGAGCCAGUCAGCACGGGUGUCCAGGUCAAUUUGGGUAAAGUUACACCAUCAGGUAAUGCAAUUCAAGAUCUGGAGGCCAUAUGCUACAAGAAUGGGAUUUGUUCCACAAACGUACAGACUGAUUUAUCUUAUAUUUCACAGAACUUUGUGCCUUCUGGAGCCUGGCCUGCUGAUUCCUCUGUGUCGUCUUGCUCUCAGACAGACCUGACGUUCAGUUCACAGGUUUUGCUGCCAAUUAGUGUGCAAACACAAACCCUGUUACCUUGUUCAAAGCUGACUUCCUCCAUAGCUGCUCAGACAGAUACACUCGCCCAGGCUUGUUUCCAGUCUGGUGUAAUUUCACGGGAGACUCAGACCAACAGGUCACAGAAAGAUAAGGAUGGGAGAGCACAAAUGGACCAGUCUGUGAUGUGCAAUGACAUUUUUGACAGUAUUAGUUCACCAUUUAACAAUGCAAGUCCUGUGGCUCUUCCAGGCCCCAACCUGGUGUCUGCAGGCCUGGGUCAAAGUUUGUUACAAAGAGGAAGCUGCAGGUCUUUGAAUCAGGACACAAAGUGUGAACCAAUUAUCAGUUUCAGUGCACAGAAUAAUAUUCUUCCACAGCAAGUUAUGACAGACAAUCAGACCCAAACGAUGGAGUUACUGAAUGACCUAGAAACUAUUUUUUCAAGUAAUACAGCAGGACAGCCAUUGGAUAAUCGUACUCUGUUAGCAGACACUAAUUCAAAUUCCACCACUCCCCUCCCUUCUGGCUCUGCACAGAAUGCAGGAAUAGAUUUUGACAUAGAGGAUUUCUUCACUGCCUCCAAUAUCCAAACGCAGACAGAAGAGACCAAGCUUGAUAACUUGAGCUCUGAGCCAGUUUUGGAAUCACUAGAUAUUGAAACUCAGACAGAUUUAUUUUCAGAUGAUGUCAUACAGUCCUAUAACUGCAGAAAUAAUCCCAGUUUCUUAGCUUUGGAGAUGUUUGACACACAGACCCAGACGGACUUAAAUUUCUUUUUAGAUAGCCCCUAUCUUUCUUUGGGGAGUAUUUUGAAGCAGUCUGCCUUCUCUAUGAGCACAGAUUCAUCUGAUACAGAAACACAAACAGAAAUGCAGUUUUCUGAGAGGAGUGCCUCCAACCAAAUGGCAGAAUGCAAAGUUGAGCUAAGCAGUGCUGAAACACAGACCAUGGAUAGCUGCUUUGAAACUUUAGGCAGCUUAUUCCUAACCAGCAAUGAGACUCAGACAGCGAUGGAUGACUUUCUUUUAGCUGACUUGGCCUGGAAUACAAUGGAAUCACAGUUCAGUUCAGUGGAAACACAGACUUGUGCAGAAUUGUGCUCUUUGUUUCAAAGUACUGAUAAGACAAGCCAGUGAGUGCUUUUCUUGAAUUCUGCCUUUCCUGAGGUUUAUGUUAUGCGCGGGUAGGAGAAACUGAUCCUGGUGUCAGUUCUGAUGAAUGUAAUAGAACGUAUAAGUUGGUUUACAAACCCUGACUUAUUAUGAGGUACUUUUAACUGCUAAAUGUUCAUUAUUAAUAUGACUCCUGUGUAUGUUUGUUCCCUGUAUCUUAUUGCUAUAUAUUUGAACCUUUCAUGACUAAUGAGUCAUCUGGUGCCUACCUCUGCUCCUUACUCAUAGCCUUUAGUCAUGCCUGUCCUCUGAAUUUGACACUAAGGCUGCAAACUUUAAGUCAUUUAUUGUGAGUUAUUGCUGUGCAAACGAGUAAACAGUCAUACAAUUGCAUUUAUAAUUGGACCAGGCCUGGCUUUCCUUACAUGCUUUUUGAUCCUCCAAAUCCUAAAUGUAUUGUCCAUCAUUGUUUUAUUUAUUGUUUACAGUUUAACUAUAUGGUCACUAUGUCAUGAUUGUGUCUAGUGAUUCCUAAGAAUUCACGUUUCUGCAUGCUGAUUUGAUCAAAGUUGAGUUCUGCAUGAAUAUUUCUAGCAAAAUCUGGAGCAACAUGUUACUUACUGCGUUAAGCAGGAUAUUCUAAGAAUCCUACCAAAGUAUUAUAAAGCAGCUUUUACUUUGUUCUGACUUCUGAUAUAUGAGCCAUGCUUUUUGUUUCUUGGGAGAUAGUAUUCUUACAGAUCCUUAACAGCAACAAAGAAACCCAACCAAACACCUUUGUUUCAAGAACUGCAAAUCAAACCGUAGAAAGGAGCUUCAGAACAUACGUCAUUUGGUCGGUCUCCUACAACUAAUAAAAUUGUUCACCAAACCACCACAUGACUUGCGUGCAACCAUAGACAUUAACCAAAGAUUUUACGUUAUGGUGGAGGUACAGUUGUGGCAGUGAGUGAAUUCCCUGAUUUCCUGUUGAUCCUUAGACUUAAUCAAAAACUGCUAUAACUUUCGAAGAUUGAAAACUAUAGUGAUUAUUGAUUUAAUUAAAUGCUGUUGAUAACAGUCUGCCAACA